AUGAGGAGUAUACCGGAGUUUAUAGGUGAUCUUUCUCAGUUAUACUAUUUAUAUCUUGUUGAUAAUAAUCUUUCUGGUCCAAUUCCAUCAUCGAUUGGUAAGCUUUCCAGGCUGAAUACUCUGUUUUUAAGCAAUAAUCAGAUUUCAGGAUCUAUUCCUUCGUCUAUUGGUCGACUUGUUUCACUGGAAAAUUUCUGGGCUUCGCACAAUAAAUUGACUGGUGUUUUACCCGAUUCAAUAGGAAAUCUAAUGGGUAAAAAUAAUCAGCUUAUUGAGACUUUGAUCUUGUCGAAUAAUCCAUUGGAAGGGUCUAUACCCAAAUCGAUUGGAAAUUUGCGUCAACUUGAAAGGCUUGAAAUGGAGAAUAAUGGGCUUUCUGGGGGUAUUCCUGAAGAAAUUGGGGAUGCAAAGAAAUCUGAUCUUGGAAUUUCGAUUCACAAAUACUGUUUAAUUCUUGUAAUGAGUUAUUGUAAACUCUUUCUCUUCUGUAAUAAAGUACUAAAAGCUGAGGAGCAUAAAAACUUCUUGGAAGCAAGCGGGCUUUGCAGAAUUUCUGUUUUGAUCUUUGUUCAAUUUCUUGAAAUCGUUGAUUCUUGUUAG